CGAGCGCCCCGCCUCGCCUCCCGCGCCCAGCCUCUCCCCGGCUCCGCCACAGACACACACCCACCAAGCACCCACCGCCCUCCGCCCCCGCCGGCCGCCGCCGCCGCCGCGCCGAGGGCAACCCGAGCGAGCGGCAACUCCCCGGCUGGCGCGGCUCGCCUUCCCGGCUCCUUCCGCGCGGCGAGCUCAGCCCCGCUCGAUUUUUCCUUUUCUAUCCCAGCCCUCUCUUGUCUGGGCGGCGGCGGCGGCGGCAGGGGGAUGGGGGCCCGCGAGGGGAAGGGGGUGAAGAUCGAUGAAGAUUAUUGUUCUUUUUAAGGAUGCCUUAGCUUCCUCCCGCCGCCUCUCCUUUGAGCCUUCCUACUAGAGACCGUGAACCAGAGUCAGGGAUGUAAAGAGAGGGGUGAAAAAAAAAAAAGACCAAAAAAACAAAAAACAAAAAACCAAAAAACGCCAGGAGCUCCAGCCAGCCGGGGAGACCCUCCUCUCCGUGGAGGGGAGGGGGAUUUCCAGCGACACAUCAUUGGCGAAGGGCACCGUCGCGGGGAGAGGAGCCCCGGAGGGAGCGGGGAAUCCCACAGCCCUUUGUGGUGCCCGAGCCCGUGCCGCCUGCCGAGCGGGGUCGGUGGGAGCUAGACUAAUUCCUAAGAAGCAUCAUAAGAAGCGUCACUAAAGUUGAUAGGACAUCUCCUCAUGAACAUUUUAAGGUGCCUCCGUGGAAAUGCCUGCCGCGCAGGGAUAUUGCUUGAGUUGACCUUCCCGCGGCUCAUUCUUUUGAGGACCCUUUGUUCAGUCCAAAAUGGCAGAGAAGGCACCCCCUGGCUUAAACAGGAAGACAUCAAGGUCGACACUUUCUCUUCCACCGGAACCGGUGGACAUCAUUAGGAGUAAAACGUGCUCCCGUAGAGUGAAAAUCAACGUGGGGGGCCUCAACCACGAGGUCCUGUGGAGAACGUUGGACCGGCUGCCCAGGACCCGCCUGGGGAAGCUCCGCGACUGUAACACGCACGAGAGCCUCCUGGAGGUGUGCGACGACUACAACCUGAACGAGAACGAGUAUUUCUUCGAUCGGCACCCUGGAGCCUUCACUUCCAUUUUAAAUUUCUACCGGACAGGGAAGCUCCACAUGAUGGAAGAAAUGUGCGCUCUCUCUUUCGGCCAAGAGCUUGAUUACUGGGGGAUCGAUGAGAUCUACUUAGAAUCCUGCUGCCAAGCCAGGUAUCAUCAAAAGAAGGAGCAGAUGAACGAAGAGCUGCGGCGGGAGGCGGAGACCAUGCGGGAGCGGGAGGGAGAAGAGUUUGAUAACACGUGCUGCCCUGAAAAGAGGAAGAAACUGUGGGACCUGCUGGAGAAGCCCAACUCGUCCGUGGCUGCAAAGAUCUUGGCUAUCGUAUCCAUCUUGUUCAUCGUCCUCUCCACCAUUGCGCUGUCUCUCAACACGCUACCAGAGCUGCAGGAGAUGGAUGAAUUUGGACAGCCCAAUGACAACCCCCAGUUAGCCCACGUGGAGGCCGUGUGUAUCGCCUGGUUUACCAUGGAGUACCUUUUACGGUUCCUGUCCUCACCAAAUAAAUGGAAGUUCUUUAAGGGCCCGCUGAACGUUAUCGACUUGCUGGCCAUCUUGCCGUAUUACGUCACCAUCUUCCUCACGGAGUCCAACAAGAGCGUGUUGCAGUUCCAGAACGUGAGGCGCGUGGUCCAGAUCUUCCGAAUCAUGCGUAUCCUCAGGAUCCUGAAACUCGCCAGACACUCGACGGGCCUGCAGUCCCUGGGUUUCACCCUCAGGCGGAGUUACAAUGAACUGGGCUUGUUGAUAUUGUUCUUGGCCAUGGGGAUAAUGAUAUUCUCCAGCCUGGUAUUUUUUGCCGAGAAGGAUGAAGAUGCUACCAAGUUCACCAGCAUCCCGGCCUCAUUUUGGUGGGCCACCAUCACCAUGACCACUGUCGGCUACGGUGACAUCUACCCAAAAACGUUAUUAGGGAAGAUCGUGGGAGGCCUCUGCUGUAUCGCAGGGGUUCUGGUGAUCGCCCUUCCCAUCCCAAUCAUUGUGAACAAUUUUUCUGAGUUUUACAAGGAGCAGAAACGCCAGGAGAAGGCCAUUAAGAGGAGAGAGGCUCUCGAGCGGGCCAAGAGGAAUGGAAGCAUCGUUUCUAUGAACUUAAAAGAUGCCUUUGCUCGCAGUAUGGAACUGAUAGACGUGGCUGUGGAGAAGACGGGAGAGUCGGCCAAUACAAAAGACUCCACGGGUGAUAACCACCUCUCUCCAAGCCGGUGGAAGUGGGCCAGGAAGGCUCUGUCGGAAACAAGCUCCAACAAGUCUUACGAGAAUAAGUACCAGGAGGUCAGCCAAAAAGACUCCCACGAGCAGCUGAACAACACUUCUUCCUCCAGCCCACAGCACCUGAGUGCCCAGAAACUGGAGAUGCUCUACAAUGAAAUCACCAAGACGCAGCCUCACGCCCACCCGAAUCCCGACGGCCACGAGCAGCCCGAGAGGCCGUCUGCGUAUGAAGAAGAGAUAGAGAUGGAGGAGGUGGUCUGCCCGCAGGGGCAGCUGGCCGUGGCGCAGACCGAGGGCAUCGUGGACAUGAAGAGCACCUCCAGCAUCGACAGCUUCACGAGCUGCGCCACCGACUUCACGGAGACCGAGAGGUCGCCCCUGCCGCCGCCCUCCGCUUCCCACCUGCAGAUGAAGUUCCCACCCGACCUCGCCCGGAUAGAGGAGCACCAAAGAGCCAGGGGCCCCCCAUUCCUCACCCUAACCCGACAGAAGGGGCCCGCGGCCAGGGACGCCAGCCAGGAAUACGCUCCAAUCGACGUAACUGUGAACCUCGACUCCAGCGGGUCCCAAGGUGGGCCCCACGGCCCCUUGCAGUCGGACAGCGCCACCGAGAGCCCGAAGAGCUCGCUGAAAGGCAGCAACCCGCUCAAGUCCAGAUCGCUCAAGGUGAACUUCAAGGACAACAGAGGCGGUGCCCCGCAGACCCCACCCAGCACGGCCAGGCCACUGCCGGUCACCACGGCGGACUUCCCACUCAGCGCCCCGCAGCUCAUCAGCACUAUCCUCUUAGAAGAAACCCCCUCCCAGGGAGACAGACCCUUGCUGGGCGCUGAGGUUCCCGCACAUUGUCAGGGACCCUCCAAAGGGCUGACGCCUCGGUUUCCCAGGCAGAAACUCUUUGCUUUCUCAUCCAGAGAGAGGAGGAGCUUCACGGAAAUAGACACGGGCGAAGACGAUGAUUUCUUAGAGCUCCAAGGGACCACGAGGCGGGACAAGCGGGCAGACUCCAACCCGAGCUGCUUUGCAGAUAAGCCUAGUGACGGAAGAGACCCUCUAAGAGAAGAGGCCUCUGUGGGCUCUUCCUCUCCACAGCACACAAGUCACAACUGUAGGCAAGACAUUUACCAUGCCGUGGCGGAAGUAAAACAGGACAACAGUCAAGAAGGGUGCAAGAUGGAAAACCACUUGUUUGCCCCAGAAAUUCAUUCCAACCCAGGAGACACAGGGUACUGUCCCACACGUGAAACCAGCAUGUGACUAGUUACAAAGGCAAUAAUAAAAACAACAACAACAAAAAACUUGUUUCUUAAAAAUGCGGUUAAUAAUGCCUGUGAACUAAAAAGUGGGAAGCCCCUCCCCCCAAAAAAGUGCAUAAAAUGUUAUUUUUGCAUGGCAUGAACAGUUUAGUUUAAGUACUGUUUAAAUAAAGAAUCAAGACUGCAUUUUGUAACAAACAAACAAAAAUGACUGAGGAACAGUGAACAAAUAAAGAGAGCUCUAUUACGAACCGGUAUUCUGCAAUGUCUGACAUUUUUGAUCCUUUCAUUUCAAAUUGUAGACAGAGUUUCGACUUUGAGCUUUUCUGUUACAAUGAAUUUGAGAAUUUGCACAUGAAAGGAUGAAAUGUCAUUGCAUGAGUUCGUAAUUGCCAGGCAAGGUGCUUUGAGCUUGCAAAAGGCGUAACUUUGUAAAUAACGGGGCUUGGGAUGCAAAAGUGUCAAGAACAGAUGGAAACAAGUUUCUGAGACACAGGCACUUCCUUCACAGCUACUGCCUGGAGGAGCUGUACAGACUUCUUGUUGCAAAAUUGCAACCUGUCUUAAACCAUCUCACAUAUCUUGCUUUGGGUUAUAAAGCUCUUAUAAGUACAUUUGUUUAAAGGAAUACAGUAUUUUUAUUGACUUGUGAUAUAACUCAUAGGGUGCAUUUUUCUUUUUUGCUUCUGCUUAGUUGUGGCAUUUGUGGUUUUAUUUAUAAAUCAUGGAAAUAGGCAAGAUGUAAUGACCAGAUAUCCAAAAACUUGGAAUUGCAGUUUGAAAUUUUGCCAGUCAAUUAUAUAUCACUAAUAUCAUGGGGAAAAGUAUAUAUCAUGCCACA